AUGCCUCCUGCGAAGUCCUCAGCAAAGAGAAAGAAUGCCUCGAUGGCUUGUGUCUCUUGCCGCGAGAGCAAAGUGAAGUGCGACGGCGCACAACCGACGUGCUCGAGCUGUAUCAACAAAAACCGGAAAUGUCGCUAUCAGUCUGUCGACAGGCGCAAGCUCCCUUUGCGCGUUGCAAUUGAAUUGCUGUCAAGUAGAGUGGAUCAGCUUUGUCAUUUUAUCUGCGAGAAUGGGCUCGAGCCCCCGCCGAUGCCACAAGAGAAGGAUUCGACGUUGACAAAAGUUCUCAAAGAUCUUGAGCUGGCGGAGAUAAACGCCCCAUCGAUUAAUGCGGGAAGAUGCGAGGGAGAGAAUUUCGCAGAUGCGAACAAGAGUCGAGGUUCAUGCCAACCCAUUUCGCCCCCGAUUGCUGUAAGCACUCCAAAAAGAACCGCAAAGAACGGUCCCAAACCAUCUCCGACACAUUUGCCCAAGGCGAGGUCAGGCGAUGCAUCACAGCGACAGACAAUAUCUCCUUUAUCCACACCAGUCAACAAUGAUGCCUCCGCUUUACCAUUUACGAAAGACAACCAGCACGGCACAGGGGAUCGUUCGAACUAUAUCUUCAACAUAUUGGAUCUGGACUUAGGCCUCGGGACGUGCAUUGCACCCACAUCGCCGGACAUGCAAUUUCUGCUGGAUUCUGAUUCUCCACAUGGCACGAUUCCCACGACAUUGGAAGAAAUGCCCACAUCAAUGGACUCGGUGGCCAACGAUGAUGAAGUUACCCUCGUUGAGGAAUCGGGGGCCUCGGCGGAAAUCGAAGACCUCGUCGACGAACUUUCUGAUCGGGUUGGAACUUUGCGGAUUGGACCCGGAGGAAAGACUCACUUCUAUGGCCCGACAUCGACGUUCAAUUUGGCAGAUGUGCCUCUUUCCGAUGAUCUCCAGCCACACUUCACACCUGAUAAAUAUGCCUUACAAGACUCUAACUCCUGUGAAGCUGAUAUCGAAGUCCCUAUGGGUCUUGAAGAGCACCUGAUCAAUCUCUAUUUCAGCUGGCAGGACCCAUCGUUCCACGUGGUGGACAGAGAGAUGUAUGAAGAGGCAAAGGCAAAGCGACAUAAGAUGGAAGACACUCCGUUUUUUUCAGGGGCACUUCGAAACGCAAUGUGUGCUCUCGGCAGUGCUUUCGAGACUCGCUUCCACCCCACUUUCGUGACAUAUCCAAAGACACUGGUAGAUUUCUUCGGUGAUCGCGCGAAGUCCCUUCUUGAGAGUGAACUCGAUUACCCUUGUGUGGCGACUGUGCAGGCAAUGGUCAUCCUGAGCAGCCAUGAGAUUGGAAAUGGCAAAGAUGCUCGAGGAUGGUUGUACAGCGGAAUGGCCAUACGGCUUGCCUUUGAUCUCGCUUUACAUCUGGACAUGUCAGAGUAUGUUUCCAAGGGGUUCAUCUCUGCUGCGGAUGCGGACCUCCGGCGAACGAUUUUCUGGGCUGCCUAUGUUGUUGACCAUCAAUUGGGGUUUUAUCUUGGGAGACCUUUCCGCACCAACAUGGAGGAUGUGACGGUUGGUAAGCCCAGCGACCAAGUGAAUGAACAAGAACCACGCAGAUGGGUCCCUUAUAUUUUACCCGCUGUCAAUUCAUCCGAGUUACCGGAUUGUACAGAAACCGUGAGCCAGCACCUGGUGUCUCUCUGUGACCUCAUGGCCCCGUGUGGGUAUUUCCUGUACGGCACACCAAAUAUCUCCAAGGCAGUUCUGCAAGAAUUGAAUGAAAAAGUCGUUCUCGAGCUCCGCAGAUGGAAGGCCAAGCUCCCACCCAUGUUACAAAUCAAUCUCCACGACAUGACCUCGCCAUAUCUUCCACAUGUGUUGCUGCUCCACAUGCAAUAUUAUCAAAAUAUGAUCUACGCGCACAGGCCCUGGAUGUCAAAAAGCCACAUCCAACCACAACCCCCCAAAGGCCCAGGUUAUCUGCAUGCGCGCGAAAUGUGCAUCCAGUCCGCCAUCGCCAUCUCCAAGAUCCUCGUACUGUACGAGACCCAAUAUACGCUGCGAUAUAUUAAUGCCAAGGCUGUGUCAAUCACAUCCUCCGCCGUGCUGCUGCUCCUUUUCGCCGCCGUGUCCCAGUAUCCAUCUCACUCCCCGGGUGAGAUCGCCGCCCAUUUAAGCACCUGCUUCCGCGCACUCGAUGAAUUCGCUCUUUCCUGGCACAGUGCGCGACGGGGAAAGGACCUCCUCGUGAGUUUACAGCGACGGUGGGAAGUCCGAACAUAUCCCAGCAAGCUAUCCCGGAGACGCACCGAACCUACUUAUAUCCCGCGGAAGCGCUCACGGGCGUCAAAUGAACUCCCUCUUCCAGCGUCGCUGGGACAGGAUGUUUUUGCGCCUGCGAGACUCAAUGCGCAGACGGAUUUCCAGAUUGAUUCGGAUUUGGACUGGAUGCUUAUGGCUGAUGGACAGUUUUUUGCCGGUAGUUAUGAAGGAGAGCUUUCUGACUUGAUUCCAGACUCUACAGUUCUUGAUUCAGAUCCUGGGGGUGUAUAG